AUGAACGUGCGGAUGAAAAGAGCGCGACCAGAUAUUUGCGCUCCCGUUUUGAACAUCACGAACUAUGAGCAUGGCCAUGUAACUCCGGGUUACAUAUUCAUCACUCCUUAUGAUAUGACAACCUGCAAUGAUGGCCCUUAUAUAUACAAUCACUUGGGAGAACUAGUCUGGUAUGGCGCAUCAAACAGCGAAUUCGUGCACAAUCUUCAUCCGUGUAAUAUAGCAGGCCUGGACAAGCUGUGUAUGCUCCAAAUGCGGCAUGGACAUGGAAUCACAGCAUCGGGCCCGGUUGUUCUCUUCGACCGAAGUCUGUAUACACGCGAAGGUGAAAGAGAUUACACUGAAAUCAACGUCGGCAUGGAGGCUGACAUGCACGAACUGAGCGUCGUCAACAAUGCUACUGCAAUUAUUACAACAUGGUUGAACACCCGACCCUGGGACUUGUCGUCAGUAGGGGGACCAUCCAAUGGGUAUCUGCGGACAGCUGGAUUCCAAGAAAUCGAUAUCGAGACCCAGACUGUGAACUUCAUGUGGGAUCCAGCGGAUCACAUCGAGAUUGAAGCUUCACAGAUGGAACUUGAUCGGAUUUGGGGCGAUGGACUUACUCCUGAGACCGAUUGGGAUUAUUUUCACAUCAACACGGUGGAAAAAACCCAGAAAGGAGAUUAUCUGAUUUCUUCUCGUCAUACAAGCACGAUAUACAUGAUAUCCGGCCAAAAUGGCUCUGUAUUAUGGAGACUUGGAGGCUACAAAUCUGAUUUCACGUUUGAGCCUGGGUUAAACUUCAGCUCCCAGCACCACUCCCAGGUGCGAGAAGAAAACGGACACGAGAACAGCAUGACAAUCUCGCUAUUUGACAACGGGUUUGAUCAGUGGCAUCAAAGUGCACUGGCAUCCUCUGGCCUCUUACUGCGUCUGGAUUUGAACGCCAUGCAUGCCUCUCUGAUCCACCGUUAUAUAACGCCCCGGAGAAUCCUCACCACCAAGGAGGGAAGUGUACAGAUCUUGAAAAAUGGCAACGUUUUUGUCUAUUGGGGAGGCACGCCAUUUUUGAGCGAGCAUGAACAUACCCCAGAUGGCCCGCGUGUCGUGUUUGAAGCACGACUGGCAGACCCAACUGGGUAUUGGUACCGUGCCUGGAAGGCCAACUUCACGACUGCGCCUAAAACUAGUCCGGAGGUCUAUGCCAUGACAGAGUAUACCCUAGGACCUACUGUAUGGUUCAUUUCUUGGAAUGGAGCUACUGAAGUCCAGGGAUGGAGAGUUUAUGUUUCUCAGCAACAGUGGAGUGGAUACGAGCUGAUCGGGUACUUUGAAAAACAUGGAUUUGAGACGAGAAUCGAGCGCGAGGAAUUCUUUGCAUGGACAAUCAUCGAGGCUGUUGAUGGAAACGGUUUGAACAUUUGCAAUUCGUCGGCUCCGACAAAGCAUUGGAUCUAA